AUGGCUUCAUUUGAUUUCCAAUCACUGUUUAUGAAUGUUCCCGGUCGGGAGGUCAUACGUAUCAUGUGUGAUCAUGUGGAGCAAAACCAACUGAAAAUCGGUAUACCAGUAUCAGUUCUGGUACGACAAUUACUACUGUGCACAACAAACGUAUCGUUCUCCUUCCUUGGUUGGGCUUACAGACAAAUUGACGGUGUCGCAAUCGGAACUCCAUUGAGCCCCAUUCUGGCACAUAUGUUUUUGGCUCAUUUUGAGGAAAAAGCGAGCAAAAUCCUCGAACGUUCACAAUUUUACAAACGAUACGUUGAUCAUAUUCUAGUCAUCACAAUAAGUCUAGAAGAGACAACAUGGAUUAUGGAUAAACUCGAUCGCCUGCAUCCGAAUAUACGAUUUACGAUGGAAACAGAAAUCGAAGAUACACUGCACUUCCUCGACAUUAAAAUGACUAGGAAUAAUGAUGGAACAAUGGCCAGAUCUGUUUACCGAAAAGAAACUUGGACAGGCCAAUGCUUGCAAUUUGACAGCUUUGUGUCUGUGGAAUAUGAACGUGGUCUGGUCCGAACACUAUUUCAAACAGCACGACAUAUCUGCACAGAAGACAUGAUUGACAACGAACUACGACAGCUGAAAGAAUCUUUGACUAGAAACGCUUAUCCCGAUGCGUUUAUCGAAAAGCACAGCAAGCCUAAAUUGAUCAGACAAACGAAUUGUUCAGCAGAAAAACUACUAGUCACCAUUUGUCUUCCAUUCAUACGUGAUGACAUCAAUUGCUUGCUCAAACGACCACUUGGAUCAGCGCUUGCCCAAAACAAAUAUUAUGCACCUGACCUCAGAAUUAUUCAUCGAACGAUUGAGAUCCCCACACCCUCGGUGAAACAACGUCCACCUCUGUACACCAAAUCGAAUCUGAUUUACCAAUUUCAGUGUAGUUGCGGAGCAACACAAAUUGACGGUGUCGCAAUCCGAACUCCAUUGAGCCCCAUUCUGGCACAUAUGUUUUUGGCUCAUCUUGAGGAAAAGGCGAGCAAAAUCCUCGAACGUUCACAACUUUACAAACGAUACGUUGAUCAUGUUCUAGUCAUCACAAUAAGUCUAGAAGAGACAACAUGGAUUAUGGAUAAACUCGAUCGCCUGCAUCCGAAUAUACGAUUUACGAUGGAAACAGAAAUCGAAGAUACACUGCACUUCCUCGACAUUAAAAUGACUAGGAAUAAUGAUGGAACAAUGGCCAGAUCUGUUUACCGAAAAGAAACUUGGACAGGCCAAUGCUUGCAAUUUGACAGCUUUGUGUCUGUGGAAUAUGAACGUGGUCUGGUCCGAACACUAUUUCAAACAGCACGACAUAUCUGCACAGAAGACAUGAUUGACAACGAACUACGACAGCUGAAAGAAUCUUUGACUAGAAACGCUUAUCCCGAUGCGUUUAUCGAAAAGCACAGCAAGCCUAAAUUGAUCAGACAAACGAAUUGUUCAGCAGAAAAACUACUAGUCACCAUUUGUCUUCCAUUCAUACGUGAUGACAUCAAUUGCUUGCUCAAACGACCACUUGGAUCAGCGCUUGCCCAAAACAAAUAUUAUGCACCUGACCUCAGAAUUAUUCAUCGAACGAUUGAGAUCCCCACACCCUCGGUGAAACAACGUCCACCUCUGUACACCAAAUCGAAUCUGAUUUACCAAUUUCAGUGUAGUUGCGGAGCAACACAAAUUGACGGUGUCGCAAUCCGAACUCCAUUGAGCCCCAUUCUGGCACAUAUGUUUUUGGCUCAUCUUGAGGAAAAGGCGAGCAAAAUCGUCGAACGUUCACAACUUUACAAACGAUACGUUGAUCAUGUUCUAGUCAUCACAAUAAGUCUAGAAGAGACAACAUGGAUUAUGGAUAAACUCGAUCGCCUGCAUCCGAAUAUACGAUUUACGAUGGAAACAGAAAUCGAAGAUACACUGCACUUCCUCGACAUUAAAAUGACUAGGAAUAAUGAUGGAACAAUGGCCAGAUCUGUUUACCGAAAAGAAACUUGGACAGGCCAAUGCUUGCAAUUUGACAGCUUUGUGUCUGUGGAAUAUGAACGUGGUCUGGUCCGAACACUAUUUCAAACAGCACGACAUAUCUGCACAGAAGACAUGAUUGACAACGAACUACGACAGCUGAAAGAAUCUUUGACUAGAAACGCUUAUCCCGAUGCGUUUAUCGAAAAGCACAGCAAGCCUAAAUUGAUCAGACAAACGAAUUGUUCAGCAGAAAAACUACUAGUCACCAUUUGUCUUCCAUUCAUACGUGAUGACAUCAAUUGCUUGCUCAAACGACCACUUGGAUCAGCGCUUGCCCAAAACAAAUAUUAUGCACCUGACCUCAGAAUUAUUCAUCGAACGAUUGAGAUCCCCACACCCUCGGUGAAACAACGUCCACCUCUGUACACCAAAUCGAAUCUGAUUUACCAAUUUCAGUGUAGUUGCGGAGCAACACAAAUUGACGGUGUCGCAAUCCGAACUCCAUUGAGCCCCAUUCUGGCACAUAUGUUUUUGGCUCAUCUUGAGGAAAAGGCGAGCAAAAUCCUCGAACGUUCACAACUUUACAAACGAUACGUUGAUCAUGUUCUAGUCAUCACAAUAAGUCUAGAAGAGACAACAUGGAUUAUGGAUAAACUCGAUCGCCUGCAUCCGAAUAUACGAUUUACGAUGGAAACAGAAAUCGAAGAUACACUGCACUUCCUCGACAUUAAAAUGACUAGGAAUAAUGAUGGAACAAUGGCCAGAUCUGUUUACCGAAAAGAAACUUGGACAGGCCAAUGCUUGCAAUUUGACAGCUUUGUGUCUGUGGAAUAUGAACGUGGUCUGGUCCGAACACUAUUUCAAACAGCACGACAUAUCUGCACAGAAGACAUGAUUGACAACGAACUACGACAGCUGAAAGAAUCUUUGACUAGAAACGCUUAUCCCGAUGCGUUUAUCGAAAAGCACAGCAAGCCUAAAUUGAUCAGACAAACGAAUUGUUCAGCAGAAAAACUACUAGUCACCAUUUGUCUUCCAUUCAUACGUGAUGACAUCAAUUGCUUGCUCAAACGACCACUUGGAUCAGCGCUUGCCCAAAACAAAUAUUAUGCACCUGACCUCAGAAUUAUUCAUCGAACGAUUGAGAUCCCCACACCCUCGGUGAAACAACGUCCACCUCUGUACACCAAAUCGAAUCUGAUUUACCAAUUUCAGUGUAGUUGCGGAGCAACCUACGUGGGUCGAACAGAGCGCCAGUGA